CCUAGAUACCCUUCUCUUUUCAUCUACUUAUACUGACACUGGUGUACAAUUCACUGGAUAUCAAUUCUCAGCCAUACAAAUCCUAUAAAUCUCAUCAUGACCACAACCACUACAACCAUCAUCACAUCCACCCCAGAGGAACCAUGCACCCUCAUCCCAAUCAACCUCCACAACCCUGCCGAAUUCGCCGAACUAAAGCAACAGCGCCGAAAAUGCGGCUGGGACUACGAAGACGCCAACCUCAUCGCCUGGCGAGACAAACAAGACGCGAACCUCAAAUCCUUCUUCUGGAUCACCGUUCCCUCACAAUCUACUGAUGCCGAUGGGCCUCGCAGCAUCCGCGCCGGCCACAUCUCUCUAGACUCCUACGCCAAUCCCCCCGACCCUGAACUCGCCACAGCCGAUCGCUCAAAUCUCACCAUUCAGACCUUCUUCAUCGACCCCGCACACCGGGGUGGACUCGGUCGCAAAGCAAUGGAGAUCGUCGAAGCGAUGGCGAGCGAAGAACCGUAUGGUAGUCCGGAGUGCAAAUAUCUCACGCUGAACGCCAUUAGUAGGCGGUAUUUCUACGAGCAGAGUCAUUUUUGGGACAUGCUGGACCGAGUCCGGCCUGCUGUUUGUGCGGUCGAGUGGUAUGAGAGACAAGGAUAUGUGUACUGGAAGUCAGAGCCGAGAUAUCAUGAGCCCUUGUUGGAAGGGGAGGAUGCAAUCAUCUGGGCGGACUUUUUGAGAAAGCCCUUGCGGAGGUAGUUAGAGGUGUUUAAUGUGUUUGACUUUUCCUCAGUCUGGUGACGUUUAGGUAUGGUGAGGGUUUUUGUUGAUGAUUUUUCUAGAAGGGGGGUGGGGCUGUAUAUAUGGAGUUUGAUGUUGUAAGUAUCUUUUUUUGUCUUUGCUUCUCCAUGUGUAUAUCCGCAUAUGGCAUAUGCUAGGGUAGAUACAAUGAUCAACGCGUCCAUGAACCAUCUACUACCCUGAGAUAUAAAGAUUGACAAUAUGUGAAUCUGCCGGGGCCCAAGUGGUCGGUAGUUGCGCGAUCUAAAGGUUAAAUAAACCCUCGCCU